AUGUCUCAAUCACAACUCAGCUAUGCCCGCUAUGGCAAGGACAAUGUCCGUCUAUUCAAGGUCCGUCGCGAGGACAACGGUAUGCAGCACAUCACCGAGAUGACUGUCUGCACUCUCCUCGAGGGUGACAUUGAGGAGUCCUACACCAAGGCAGACAACUCGCCUGUCGUCGCAACAGAUACUCAGAAGCAGACUGUCUACGUUCUCGCCAAGCAGAACCCCGUCGACCCUCCAGAGCUCUUCGCUGCCAUCCUCGGCCAGCACUUCAUCGACACUUACAGCCACAUUCACGUUGCCCACGUCAAGAUCAUCGUCCACCGCUGGAGCCGCAUGACUGUCGACGGCGAGGCACACCCCCACUCUUUCCUCCGCGACGGCACCGACAAGCGCACCAUCGAAGUUGUCGCCAGACGCGGCCAAGGCAUCACCAUCAAGUCAGGCAUUGACGGCCUGCUAGUCCUCAAGAGCACCGGCUCCGCCUUCUACGGCUUCCACAGAGAUGAGUACACCAGACUCCCCGAGACCUGGGACCGCAUCCUCAGCACAGAAGUCCAGAAUUCAUGGCAAUGGAAGCAAUUUAAGGAUGUCGAGCAAGUCCGCAAGGAGCAAGACAAGUUCAACAAGUGCUACGAGGCUGCCAGACAAAUCACCAUCGACACUUUCGCCAAGGAGAAUAGCCCCAGCGUGCAAGCGACCAUGUACAACAUGUGCGACCAGAUUCUUGCUAUCGCCCCUGAUACUACAGACAUCGAGUACACACUGCCCAACAAGCACUACUUCGAAAUCGACCUCAGCUGGUUCAAGGGCUUGAAGAACACCGGCAAGGACGCCGAAGUUUACGCUCCUCAAAGCGACCCCAACGGUCUGAUCCACUGCCGUGUCUCAAGAAAGGACCCCAAGGCCAAGCUCUAG